GGAGGUGGACCUCGAGUAGUCAGUGCGCGUGCCCGACCAACCCACGGUGUGUGCGUGCAGGGGAGACGAUCAGUGUAUCAGCAGAGCAGCAUCGUUUCCUCUGAUCACUGUCAGGUGAAGGAAAACAGUUUCAGGAUGAGUCAGUGUCAAGAACUAGGGGACGAGCAGGUGACUGGACUGGUUUGUCAGGAGGACGACCUGAACGAUGGACAGAUGAGGGAAGUAACUGUGGGGGAGCAAAAAGUGCUGCUGGUCCGUACCCACGGUCAGUACAGUGCUGUUGGGAGCCGGUGCUCUCAUUACAACGCUCCUCUUAUCAAAGGAACAUUGGUUGGUGACAGAGUCAGAUGUCCCUUUCAUGGGGCUUGUUUUAACGUCCGAACCGGAGACAUUGAAGAGUAUCCAGGUUUAGACUGUCUUCCCAGCUAUAAGGUCAAAGUUGAAGAUGGCAAGGUGUACGUUUCCAUCGACAAAAAAUCUCUUAAUCUGACCAGGCGAGUGAAGGACAUGUGCAGCAUGGUACCAGACAUCAAACAUACUGUCCUGCUCAUAGGAGGAGGCCCGGCCUCGCUGGUUUGUGCGGAGACGCUGAGACAGAACUGCUACGAGGGUCGUAUCAUCAUGGUCACCAAAGACACACUCCCUCCGUUUGACAAACCCAAACUGAGUAAGGCUAUGAACGUGGACAGCAGCAGCAUCCUCCUCCGGUCAAGUGACUUUUAUCAACAACAUGGAAUAGAGAUGUGGACACAGAAGGAGGUGGUGUCUGUAAACCCCGCGGACAAGGCGGUGAAGUUGGGUGACGGCACUGUGCAGCAUUACGACCAGCUCCUCAUCUCAACAGGCUGCAGAGCGCGGCCGCUCAGCUGUCCUGGUUGGGACCUGCAGGGAGUGAACGUACUGCAGAACCAUGAAGACGCCAAAGAGAUUCACAGCUCCUGCCUUGGGAGAAAGGCUGUGGUCAUCGGAGCCUCCUUCAUAGGUAUGGAGGUGGUGUCCUUCUUAUCAGACAAAGCUGCCAGUGUGGCCAUGGUGGGCACUUCCACUUACCCGUAUGAGCGGUCUCUGGGCCCGGAGAUCGGCAAAAUGACGAUGCAAAUGUUGGAGGAGCAAAACGUGAAGUUUUACAUGAAUGACACAGUCACUGAGAUUAAAGGGGAGAAUGGCAAGGUGAAGGAGGUGGUGCUAAAGAGUGGUACAGUCCUGGAAGCUGAUGUGGUGAUUGCUGGAAUCGGUGUGAUCCCUAACUCAGAUUUUCUGGAAGGAAGCGGGGUGGAGGUGGAUUCAAGGAAAGCUGUGAUUGUUGACAAGUUCAUGAGGACCAAUAUAACUGAUAUUUUCAGUGCUGGAGAUGUUACCUGCUUCCCUCUGGCCAUUCGUGGCGACCAAAGAGUCAACAUCGCUCACUGGCAAAUGUCACACGCUCACGGAAGAGUGGCUGCUCUGAACAUGCUGAAGAAACCAACCGAAAUUAAGUCGGUUCCUUUCUUCUGGACUGUGUUGCUUGGGAAGAGCAUUAGAUACACAGGCUACGGGGAAGGAUACACAGAAAUUAUAUUUAAAGGCAAAGUGGAAGAGAGGAAAUUCCUGGCAUUUUACAUCAAGGAUGAGGUGGUGGUUGCUGCGGCCAGCCUGAUGUUCGAUCCUGCUGUGGCUCGUCUCGCAGAGCUGAUGGCCACUGGGCAGGUUUUUAAAAAGACACAGGCUCAAUCCGAUGACGUGAGCUGGCUGCAGAUGUGACCAGAGUGCCGCUGUGUUCAGGAGUAAUGCCACUCACGGACGAUAUCACUCCUCUCCCCCUCUGUCCAUUCACUGCAUCUGGCCUCCUGCCAGCCAAUCAGACCUCUUCUCUUACUCAGAAAACCUGUUACCAUAGUUUCCACACACAGCUUUACUGAAUUUCCACUUUGGGCAUCAAGUGAAUAAUCUGAUCUCAGUAUAAUGAAUAUUGCCUGGAUACGUCUAAAUUAGUUUCACCAGUCAAAGUAAAGUGUGUAAACCAUUACACAUUAAUGAAUUGUGUUGGCCAUAUACAUCAGUAUAUCCAAAUAUAUUGGUAAGCUUUACAUUUUAAGAUCCCUGCAAAAAUAGUACAAUGUGAUUUAUCCACUUUGAAGAGUUUAUAAAGUUAGAAUUUGGGUUUAAGUUAUUUGAAAUCUAAAAUACAGAAAUAUGUUGAUAAUUAACAGUUCAUUCACUUUGACUUUUCUCUUCGAGGUUUUUGUUUCAUAUGUACUGUAAUGCCUUUAUCCAAUAUACCGCAAAUGUUUACAGCAGAGAUGUAGCUUGUUCUGUCUUUAUCUUGAAUUGUAGAACCCGAAUUCUUGAAAGUGAAUUAAGAAAGUACUUUGUAGUAUCUUAAAAGGUCUUUUAGUUACUCAGGAAAUACGUGUUUAAAUACAAGUAUUGCUCAGGUAUUGAAUUAAUGUGAAGAGUUUGAACACCACUGGUUAUCCAUAUUAUCAGCCUUCAUUACAUUAAGACUGUGUUCCCUGAGCAUGAGAAGUGAGGAGUGUUGGUUCUACAACAACUGUGGGUUCACUAUGGUAAUGUUUACUUGUCCUUUUCCCCUUCACUUUGUGUUACACACACACUUUAAUAAAUCAUUGAGCGACCACAACAGAGAAAAGAUUUUGGAGACACAAA